AUGGCAGGUGAACAGGUCUCUUCCCCACAAUGGGGUAUCCGACUUCAUCUGUGCUUUUUCGAGCGAAGUUCAGGCAUAACAAGGGUGGUGGAACAGAAAGCCUUAUCUACUCAUCGUGUACUUGUUCACUUGGGUCUAGUAAGGAGCCCUGAUAAGAUACACAACGAUUUGGGCGAUUUGCUCCUGAUAAACGCCUCCAGAUUGCUUCCAUUCCCUAAAAUCCGUGUAACCACAGCCUCUGCCUGCUGUUGCCAAGCCCUGAAGAGUGGAGACCAUCCGAUUGUGGAAAUCGCGCCACGAAUCCGUCCAUCCCGACCAAACUCCCAUAGGCGCGGGGUUAUAGCCAUGAACGUUCUAGUGCUCCGAAGUAGUCCACGCACUACUACUAGUAAGCCUGGCGCAGCUUACACUUGGGAUGUUCGUUCGGCUCGGCCGGAGGUAGAACGUGGGUGCUUAGUGGGCAGGGGAACUCAGCUACUCCGUAGUACUGACUAG